AUGGAUAUCUACAACAGCGGCGGGCCUGAAGUGUCCAUCAGAUCCCUCAAGAAGGACAGCAUGAAGUUCGUUCUCACAAACACCGACCUGAGUGUCGCCAACGCUCUCAGACGUGUCAUGAUUGCCGAAGUGCCCACCAUGGCGAUCGACAUGGUGGAGAUUGAAACAAACUCGACAGUGUUGACGGACGAGUUCAUUGCACAUCGUUUGGGAAUGAUCCCAUUGACCAGCUUCGACGUUGACAGGAUCCAAUACACACGCGAUUGCACAUGCACCCUGUACUGCCCGAACUGCUCCGUGGAGCUCACUCUCCACGUCAAGGUCAACGUGGACUACGACGACAUGAACGACCCCACGAUCGACAAAACCAGACAGGUCACCGCCUUAGAUCUCAUCAGCAGCGAUGAAAGCGUGAAGCCCGUCUCUGAUGACAAAGCUCACCCUAUCUUGAUUGUGAAGAUGAGACCCGGUCAGGAGUUGAAAUUGAAGUGUAUCGCUAAGAAGGGAGUCGCCAAGGAGCACGCAAAGUGGAGCCCAGUGUACGGUAUAUCGUUCGAGUAUGACCCUUACAACAGACUGAGACACUCACACUACUGGAUCGAGGAAGACGAGAAGCUGGAGUGGGGUGUCUCUGCCAACGCUGCAGAGGAGACACCAGUGGAUCCCAAUGAGCCCUUUGACUACAACGCCAAGCCUGACAAAUACUACAUCGAAGUCGAGACUUCGGGAUGUAUGAAGCCAGAAGAGGUUGCGCUUCGCGCAAUGACGAUCAUGCAGGACAAACUUGGAGGCUUGCAGAUCAAGCUGGACGACGAGUUCAAGGAGGACACCCAGCGUUGGGGAUAUUAA